GGAAUAGUUAUGCUUACCCUGAGCGCCUCCCUGCCCCAACUCCGUCCCCCAAAAUGCCCGGAAACCGACCGCUGCCCCUCCCCUUCCCCUUCCCGCCUGGCUCCACUCUACUUCUCCAUGGCCCUUCUCAUCGCCGGAGCCGCCGGAAUCCGCCCCUGCAGCCUCCUCUUCGGCGUCGACCAAUUCGACCGCUCCACCAGGCACGGCCGUCAAUCCCUCAACAGCUUCUACAACUGGUACUACUUUUCCAGCUGCCUCGCCCUCUUCUUCUCCAUGACCUUCCUCGUCUACAUCCAGAACUCCAUCUCCUGGCCCAUCGGCUUCGGCAUCCCUGCCGCCCUCAUGCUCCUCGCCGUCAUCCUCUUCUUCCUCGGCACCCCUCUCUACACCCACGUCGUUCCCCAAGGCAGCAUCUUUUCCGGAAUAGCUCAAGUCUUUGUCGCCGCUUUCCGCAAGCGCCGCCUUCGCCUCUCCUCCACCGCCCUGCUUCACAAUCCUCCCCCGCGCCAUGGCCUGAUCACGAAGCUCCCCCUGACGCCAAAGUUCAGAUUUUUAAACAACGCCGCCAUCGAGCUUCCCGGAGAGGUGCGCAUUGAGGACGGCUCUUGUGCGCGUCCAUGGAGACUCUGCAGCGUGCAGCAGAUCGAGGAGGUCAAAUGUUUGAUAAGCAUAACCCCCAUUUGGAUCUCUGGAGUCCUGUUCUUCACCGUUCUGUCCCAACAGUGGACUUUCAUCGUUCUUCAGUCAAUGAAAAUGGACCGCCACAUUGGCCCCCGAUUCGCCAUCCCGCCGGCAGCGGUAAGCCCAUUCAACUUGCUCGCACUCUCCAUCUUCCUCCCGAUCUACGAUCGGAUUCUGGUUCCCUUUUUGCGAAGGGUAACGAAGCUGGAACAGGGGAUUACUCUGCUCCAGAGACAGGGGACGGGGCUCCUGCUGUCAGUACUGUCGAUGGUGUUGGCCGGACUGGUGGAGUGGAGGAGGAGGGAGAGGAAGACGAUGAUGUCGGUGCUGUGGCUUUCGCCGCAGCUGACGGUGAUGGGAGUAUCGGAAGCUUUCAAUUAUGUGGGGCAGAUUGAGUUCUAUAAUCGGGAGUUUCCGGAGCAUUUGUUGACCAUGGGAGGAUCUCUGGUUUUCCUGUGCUUAGCAGGGGCGAGUUAUCUGAGUCUGUUUCUGGUUUCGGUGGUGAGGAAGGUGACGGGUGGUGAAGGGAGGAGGAGCUGGCUGGAAGAUGAUUUGGAUCAGGGGAGAUUGGAUUAUUAUUAUUAUCUCAUUGCGGUUUUGGGGAUGCUGAAUUUUCUGUAUUUUUUGGUUUGUGCUAAAUUCUAUCAGUAUAAGGGAGCAAUGGCGGAGGGUGAGGAAGACGGGGAAGAAGGUGGAGAGGCAUAGGAAGCCAGCAGCAUUGAUUUCAUUCCGCAGAAGUGAGUUUAUAUAAAAAUUACAUAAUAGC